CGACUAGGGGAACGAAGUUAGCAAGUCAAUGUCAGAAGGGGGCAUAAUGUUGGGAUAUCUCUGGGAGGGGUGGGCAUAAAACAGGGCAAACUUUCCUGGGGGCCGUAUUUUUAACAGAACAACAAGAAGUGAGUCCAAAUAAAAUGUUAAACACGAGGAGAAGGGAAGAUUUUACCGAUGCAAACAAUAGUUCGGAGACAAUUUGCACUAGUAAGGAAGUUAAAGGAAUAAACCGCCUCCUUUUCGAGGGAGUGGUCGGAGGGUUUACAUUUCACUGCAUUUGUUUGAUGCAACCUACAAUCGUAGUUUCUGAUCUACACAAACUCCCCUCUUGGGAAGGUGCAUCCAAUAUGAGCAGCUGCGGAGGAAUGAACAGCGAUAUCAUUUGCAACAGAUUGAAAUUUGUUAAGCGACCGGACGAGAUCACAGGAGAUGAUGACCCAAAUGUCUACAGAGUGGAAAUGUCCUGUGGACAUGCUGUGGAUCCCAUUUCACUCACGGAAUGGUGUCGGACCCGUAUAAGCCAGGGUUAUUUCAAAUUCCACUGCCCUGCAUUAAUAGAUGAGACAAAUGAAGGAUGUGGAGAGGAAUGGUCCUACAUGGAGGUGUGCAGACACGCAUUGCUCUCUCUUGAGGAACGGCAGAUUUUUGAAGAGAAGCUUGCCACUCUCGCUGCUUCAAGUUACUGUGAAUACAAACAGUGUCCUAGGUGUGGGAGUUAUGUGGAACGGAAAGAUGAGACGAACAUAUCAGUGACUUGUUCAAUCUGCACGGCCAACGAUGGAAUCCCUUUUGAAUUUUGCUGGCAGUGUAUGAAGAAGUGGAAAGGCCCAGGUCCACGCUCGGAUAAAUGUGAUAAUGAAGAAUGCAUUAAUGUCCAGCUGGAAACCUUGAAGAAUUGUGACACAAAAACUUUACCUGACAGCAAUAUUCAAAAUUGUCCUAUAAUCCGUGCUUGUCCCACUUGUGGGUUGCUGAUAGAACAUAAAGAUAUGUGCAAAUAUGUCGUGUGCAUCAGAUGCCAUGUGGAAUUUUGCUUUGCCUGCCUUAACACAAAGGCAAUUUGCAGUAAAUCAUCUGAGUAUUCUCUUCAUUGUGCUAUACCUGUAGCCCCAAGGCAAACAAGUAUUCCUCUGUGGAAUCAUACUCAAGAUCAGACCUCCAAUCUCACUUCAGAUUCCAAUUCAUUUGGCAGUCCAAAUCCCACUCAAAAUCCCACUCUAAAUUUUUUUCUAAAUCAUAUUCAAAAUCCCAUUCAAAAUCCUGUUCAGAGUCCAACUUUAAAUUCCUCUUUAAAUUCUAAUAGCCAUCCCAAGGACAAGAGUUGUAUAAUUCUAUGACAAAACAAUCCAGAUCAGAGAAUGCUGAAGGUACAAAAAACGCAGAACAGUCAGUUAAACAUUGUUAGAGCGUAUUAUGUAAUUUGCCUGACCCUUUGUUCUCUUGUGAGGGAUUGUUUCAUUCAUUGUUCCAAUGGUGAUGUGAUCUGAGAAUCCACAAGUAGCGUAAAUAAUUGUCAUUUCAUCUUCCAUAAAACAUGCAGCUCUGAUUUAAAGUGGACUAAUUCAUUAUGUGCAUAUACAGCGUAAAUUCACGAUAUUCAUGUUUCUUCAUUUUUCUGCAACAUUCUGUGUAUAAUGUGAGGAAAGCAUUACUGAUUUUGUUUGUAUUUACUGUGUUCUUCUGCAGGUACAUAGAACAUAGAAAUCUACAGCACAUUACAGACCCGUUGGCCCACUAUGUUGUGCCAACCAUGUAACCUACUCAAGAAACUGCCUAGAAUUUCCCUGCCGCAUAGCCCUCUAUUUUUCUGAGCUGCAUGCUCCCUCCUAAGAGUCUUUUAAAAGACACUAUUGUGUCGGCCUCUACCACCAUCGCCAGCAGUGCAUUCCACACACCCACAACGUACCUCUGGCAUGUUCCUUGUUCCUACAUCCAAGCACCUUAAAACUAUGCCCCCUCGUGUUAGAUUGCUCAGCCCUGUGAAAAAACCUCUGGGUAUUCACACGGUCAAUGCCUCUCAUCACCUUAUCAGAUCACUUUUCAUUCUCCGUCACUUCAAGGAGAAUACACCAAGUUCACUCAACCUAUUUUCAUAAGGCAUGCUCUCUAAUCCUUGCAAAUCUCCUCUGCACUGUCUCUAUAGUAUCCACAUCAUUCCUGUAGUGAGGUGACCAGAACUGAACACAAUACUCUAAGUGGGGUCUAACUAAGAUCUUAUAUAGCUUUAACAUUAUGUCACUGCUCUUGAACUCAGUCCCACAGUUGAUGAAGGCCAUCACACCAUACGCUUUCUUAACAACACUGUAAACGUGUGCUGCAGUUUGACUGUCCUCUUAACACGGACCCCACGAUCUCGCAUAUCCCCCACAUGGCCAAGAGUAUUACUGUACCAUUAAAAUUGUAUUCUGUCUUCAAACUUGACCUACCAAAAUGAAGUACUUCACACUUAGCUGGGCUGAAAUCCAUCCGCCACUUCCCAGCCCAGUUCUGCAUCCUGUCGAUGUCCCACUGGAAUCUCUGACAGCCUUCCAGACUAUCCACAAUGCCCCGAAAUUUUGUAUCAUCAGCAAACUUCUACCCACCCUUCUACUUCCUCAUCCAGGCCAUUUAAAAAAUCACAAAGAGGAGGGGUCCCAGAACCGAUCCCUGCAGAACACCACUGGUCAUUGACCUCCAUGCUGAUUACGAAACAUCUAUAACCACCCUUUACCUUCUGUGGGCAAGCCAAUUCUCAAUCUACUGAGUACUUCCCAGACAUAGAGUUAUUCUACCUUCUUGCUUUAUUAAGUUUAAAAGUAUUAACAUGUAAAGUGCAUCAAUAUUCAAAUAUCCAAAAAUAGGCUGCUGCAUUAAGUAGCGUGUUAUCUUGAGUUGAAAUAUUAUUAACAUAUAUUCAACUAUUUUAUGAUCAUUUAUAAAAUAAAAUUUAUGUUGGGCAGAAUUGUACAAAAAGCAAUUUGGCACAAGUAUAUUUUUGUUGUAAUUUAUUUUUUAUUGAAUUUCAUCAUCAAACAAACAUUUCCACAAGAUGUAUUUCAGAAUCUGUACAUGUAUAUCAUAUAAUCAUAUUUGUCACAAAUCUCCACAUAAUAUUUAUCUGAGGUAUUCACUUAUAGAAAGGAGAGGAAAGAAAGAACAAUCGAGAGAAGAAAAGUAAGUACAGAGUAGGGAGUGAUCUUUUUUUUUGCAACAUAUUCAUUGACUUGUGAGAAUAAAAUCUGCCCUAUAAGGUGUUACGUAGUUAAACCAUUUUUUCAGUAUGAAUAAAAUUGUUCCACUUUAUGAUUAACAGAUGCUGUUAUCGUCUCCAUUUUGUAAAUAUCCAUUGUAAUUUCCAUCCAUACAUUUAAAGUUGGGCUGUGGUGACCCACUUUCUAGCACACACGAACCGGCGCGCGCCGGCAGAGAGGCCGGCCCCAAAAAUGGGCGCCAGGCCAUCUUCACCAGCAGGGGGAAAAUCGCACGCGCGGAAAGGGUCUG